AUGGGCAUGGUCGCCGACGGCGACGCCCUGUGCGUCUGCGGCAACCACGAGCAGAAGCUGGCCCGCGCGCUGGGCGGGCGGAAGGUGGCGCGCACCCACGGGCUCGCCGAGUCGCUCGCCCAGCUCGACGCCGAGCCCGACGAGUUCCGCGACCGCGUCCACGCGUUCUGCGACGACCUCGUCGCCCACUACGUCCUCGACGGCGGGCGGCUCGUCGUCGCCCACGCCGGGCUGCCCGAGCGGUUCCACCGUCGCGCGUCCGGGACGGUGCGCAGCUUCGCGCUCUACGGCGACACCACCGGCGAGACCGACGAGUUCGGCCUGCCCGUGCGCCUGCCGUGGGCGAAGGACUACCGCGGGCGCGCCGCCGUCGUGUACGGCCACGUCCCGACCCCGGAGGCCGAGUGGGUCAACAACACGAUCUGCCUCGACACCGGCGCGGUGUUCGGCGGGAAGCUCACCGCGCUGCGCUACCCCGAGCGCGAGCUCGUCGACGUGCCCGCCGGCGCCGUCUGGUACGAGCCGAGCCGGCCACCGGCGCCGUCGACCACCGAGCGCGACCCGGACGUGCUCGACCUCGACGACGUCGCCG